AUUCGGUUAUAUACACAAAUCUCUAACAAUUGAACUUUCUCCAUUAACGUACACGUAGCUUUAAACACCAAUGUUUGUUGACAAACUGUGGGUGUGGUGAAAUAAUUUUUAUCCUCAAAAAAACUUAAAAAUGCGUGACUAUUGUUUAUUAUCAACUGUUGUUUUGAUUGCUGUAACAAUUCAAAUCAGCCAAGCCUUAGAAUGUUAUGUGUGUGACAACCAAGAAGUUAACGAGGGUAAAUGCACCUCAACCAUACAAACAUGCCAGUACGGUGAAGACACGUGCCAAACUGAGAUUAGUUGGGGUAGCACUCCAUACUGGCAACAAGGAGCCCUGAAACAGUUUUACAUUUCGAAAAAAUGUGCAACCAAAGAAAAAUGCCAGAAACACAGAAGAAGUCUUAUGGACACCUGUACACAUAUUUGGUAUCAGGAUUGGAAAUGUUCCGAAUGUUGCAGAGGGGAUAGAUGCAAUUAUUACAUUUUUUCUGGGGCUUCAGAUAGGAAAAUAGCAACUUCCAUGGUGUUUGCUACAAGUAUAGCUGUCCUAAUAUCUUACCUUUACUUAUGACUAAGUAACAGUUAAUGAGUCAUUGAUUAACUCAAUGACCAUCUUUAAAGAGACUAAUUAUAGAAAUGGAUCAUUCCCAUGACAAAAAUAUGUAAUUUUAUAUAUAUAUUUUUUUAGUACUGUGUUCACAUUCCACCUUGAACAAUUUAGAAAAAGGGUAUUUAAGUAUUGUGUCUUUAAACUGUAAUUGAAUCCGUCCAAGAUUAUAGUUAUGUAUUUUGUAUAAGUUACAAAAAGUAUUGCAUAACAUUCUUUUUUAUAAUUGUUUAAUUAAUAUAUUGUGCCUGUUUACUUGCAUAUGUGUCUGUUAUUGUAAUUUUGUAAUAUACUAUUUAUAAAAUCUCAUAUACACAUUUUUUAAAUGGUUUUUAAUACA